AUGUCCGCUCCAGCUGGAGACUUCCGCACUCUCUGGCUCGCCGGGUGGAAGAAAGGGCUCCAGAAGAUUCUACGACUGUCGGGAGCUGCGGCUUGCGCCCACCCCCACAAGGCCCUUCGGCACAGCCCCUCCCAGCCCGAGCGCCCCCGCGCCGUUGCCCAGGAAACCGCGGGGCGGUGGCAGCAGUCGAGAGGGGCGGGACUUCCGGCGGGUGACGCGCCUAGGCUCCGCUACAAAAGACGGCCUGAGCUGCGCACAGCUACGCGCACCUUCCCGCUCCCCCACGCCGGCCUCAGCCCGCUCACCGGAAAGAAUAUUUGUUUCGGAAAAUAUGAAAUUUACUCCUGUUUUUUCAAACAGUUUAAACAGAUUUCUCAAGCUUAUGAAGUUCUCUCUGAUGCGAAGAAAAGGGAAUUAUAUGACAAAGGAGGAGAGCAGGCAAUUAAAGAGGGUGGAGCAGGUGGUGGUUUUGGCUCCCCAAUGGACAUCUUUGAUAUGUUUUUUGGAGGAGGAGGAAGGAUGCAGAGAGAAAGAAGAGGUAAAAAUGUUGUACAUCAGCUGUCAGUAACCUUAGAAGAUUUAUAUAAUGGUGCAACAAGAAAACUGGCCCUGCAAAAGAAUGUGAUUUGUGACAAAUGUGAAGGCCGAGGUGGUAAGAAAGGAGCAGUAGAGUGCUGUCCCAAUUGCCGAGGUACUGGAAUGCAAAUAAGAAUUCAUCAGAUAGGACCUGGAAUGGUUCAGCAAAUACAGUCUGUAUGCAUGGAGUGCCAAGGCCAUGGAGAGCGGAUCAGUCCUAAAGAUAGAUGUAAAAGUUGCAAUGGAAGGAAGAUAGUUCGAGAGAAGAAGAUUCUAGAAGUUCAUAUUGACAAAGGCAUGAAAGAUGGCCAGAAGAUAACAUUCCAUGGUGAAGGAGACCAAGAACCAGGACUGGAGCCAGGAGAUAUUAUCAUUGUACUAGAUCAGAAAGAUCAUGCUGUUUUUACUCGGCGAGGAGAAGACCUUUUCAUGUGUAUGGACAUACAGCUGGUUGAAGCAUUGUGUGGCUUCCAGAAGCCAAUUUCCACACUGGACAACCGAACCAUAGUCAUCACCUCUCACCCGGGUCAGAUUGUCAAGCAUGGAGAUAUCAAGUGUGUGUUAAAUGAAGGCAUGCCAAUUUAUCGUAGACCAUAUGAAAAGGGUCGCCUAAUCAUUGAAUUUAAGGUGAACUUCCCUGAGAAUGGCUUUCUGUCUCCUGAUAAACUCUCUUUGCUGGAAAAACUCCUACCUGAAAGAAAGGAAGUAGAAGAGACCGAUGAAAUGGACCAGGUAGAACUGGUGGACUUUGAUCCAAAUCAGGAAAGACGGCGCCAUUACAAUGGAGAAGCAUAUGAGGAUGAUGAACAUCAUCCCCGAGGUGGUGUUCAGUGUCAGACCUCUUAAUGGGGCCAGUGAAUAACACUGCUAGCAUUUUAUAUGCAGUAGUGAAUGAGUGAAGGACUGUAAUCAUAAUAUGCUCACUACUUGCUAUUGUUUUUGUUUUAAUAUUCAUCUAUAGUAGUGUUUUAAAAAGUUAAAUGAAGAAUAAAUGCAAAUAUAAAAGCUGACUUUGCCCUGUAUGUAUGAUGACUUCAGUGUGCAAGAUACAGUUUUAAUAGCUGUAAAAACUACAAAGUUCCCCUAGCAUUUGUUAGGCCAUUCCUUGUAAUUGAUUUCAGCUAUGUACAUGGAUGAGCUUAGACUGAAAUGCUAGAUAUAUGUAUUGACUUCAGUGUAUGAUCCCUCAUUGUCAAGCUAUGAAAUUAAAAUCCUGUAUAUAACUGGUAAUCAGAAGGAGAAAAAAAUUUGUAGGAAAGUGUGUGAUGGUCU